CAUCAGCUUUCAUUUAAACCAACUGUAUGAGAAGAAGUGGAGCCAACAUGGCUCCUGCAUCUCACCCUCAAAUGCAGUAAUACUGGAUUAGUAGAUAUGUGGUAUUAUUGCUGACAGCACUGUGGCUGGUAACAUCACCAGAGCAGUGUGAGGCGCUUUAAAUCUGGAGUUGGGAUGGAGGCAACAGUCAGCUGAAACUUUUUAGUUUAAAAACAAGUUCUGGGGCAACUUCACCUCACACGAGGUGAAUGGAGGACUUUACCAACAACCAUAGCUCUCAGUCAUUCUUUCAGGUUCCUGAUGACCCGCCCCCCUGCACUUGAUUGACACUCCCGCUGAUUGACACUUCCCCAUGUAUUUAUUUGAUCGUCCACAUGGACUCAGGAGGGUUCAUUAACUGUCCCAAACCAGCCCCUGGCAUCCAAAAAGUUAUGUAAGCAAAAAAAAAAGUAAAAGUUUUUAAAGUUUAGGCUAUUAUUAGUAUUAUUUAUUGAAGAGCUGAAGAUUAACCAUGCUCAGUGGUGGGCGUGCAUUUUUAUUUCCUUUUGAAUCAAUACCUGAACGUGUGCUUGGCUUGCUUUGCUCAGAGGAAGUAAAUGUUGGUCUAGAAAAUGGCCGUCUUCAUGCCGUGUGGCUUGACUGGUCCUUCCGUGGCACCAUGAGAGAACACAGAGACAGAGUUAGGGACCCAGGACAAACCACGGACCACUUCUUGGGUCUUGCCAUUUAUGACACCAAUAUGCCAGAUUUGCCAUCACAUUUUGGACAUAGUUAUAUUUUCACCCUUUUUUUCUACUUACUCUUUAGGCCCAUUGUCUGUAAUCGCGUGGGUGUGUGCAUAAUCGUGUUAGAGCGUCCUGGCGGCACACAGACGAGUGUGUUUAAGGUGCAUUUGGCCGUGUGUGUGUGAGUGUGUGUGUGUGUGAGGGAGAGAGGGAGAGACUGAUUCUGGUUUGAUUACUACUCUGCUUCUCUCUGUUGGGACUGUGUGGUGAUGGCUUGAGUCCUGGCUAUGCACUGUUGGGCAGGACGAUUGGGGCAGGACGCUGACAUUGGGAGAACCUGAUUGUAAUCUUUUACUGUUGAAUUUUUACAUGCAAUGUUUUCUGAAAAGGUGAUUUGUGUUGGUUUAUACAGUUUUUUUUUUUCUGUUUUUCUUUUUUUUUUUUUUUUUUUGUUCGUGUUAAUUUUGGUAUUGUAGCUUCAUUUUAAUAAUGUGUUUAAAGAUGUGAAAGUAAAAUCUAAACUGGUAUACUGUCUGUGGGCCUAUCAUUUUCUUCCAACUGUCAUACAGCAUGACCACAUUCAAAGCCUGUGGGCAAAUAUUUUGUUAGAUUUUAACAACUUUGUCAGCUUUAGUGAACUGGUCCACAGUCCUAGUUCAGUGUUUGCACUCAAACUCCAAUGUUAGACAGCCAAACGGGAAACAAACAGUGGCUCGGACCGAGCCAUUAACAAUCCAAGCCAAUCAACACGCACGGAAUUUGAUUGGGCAUUGAGCUCAAAUAACACCUUUUUGCCCAACCGAAUCGCUGACCGCAUCUUUAGGGGUUAAUUUAUAUUUAGUUUACGUUGGAUGUGUCCAUUCUUUUGCGAGCCCUCUGUUGCUAUGGUAACUCAUAAAACACCAGACGGCGUAUCAGGAAGUAAGAUACAGACUUAGCUGGUCAACUAAGGCCGUAACGUUAGAGAGGAGCUCAUAAUAAGUAUUGUUUAUUUGUCUUUGUGUUCUAAAGCUACAAUCAGUUAUUGAUAAUGGCCUUACCGCAUUCUUCUCGGAGGCUGGUGCUACUAACUUAGCCUAAAUAAAGUUAAGUUAGCUAGCUAGCGAUAUCUAGCUAGCUGACAUUACAUCUCUAGUAUAACCUGAUUGACGCCGUUGCUGCUAGCUAUGGCUAUGCUCGUUAGGUUACAAACAUUAAUGUUACAGAAUGCGCCAUUUGUAUAACUUCACAGUUUGAUGAGUUUCGCGGAAUGAUUCUGGUAACUAGAGAUCAAACUUUACCUGACCAGUUAUCGCUAGCGUUACUCUGUCACAUUAGCAAUAGUAUUAUAACGUUAGCUAUGCCUGAAACAGGAUAUAACGUAGGAAAAAAUUUUCAAAGAACAUUUCAUAGUUUAACCGUUAGUUAGGGAACUAAUUCGCUUAGUCCCUUUGAAAGGUCGAUAUUGAGGUAACGUAAGCCCACCUAAUGUGUUAAAGAUAAAAACAGAUGUUAAAUAAUAAAAUAUGUCUACCAGCAAUCUACCACCUCUGCGAAACCUCCCAAACUGGUCCCGCGUCGGUACCUUGGACAAGACCCGAUACCCACGACUGUUUCCCAGAGACUGUUCCACCAAUGCCCCCCAUCUGGACAGUACCGUUAAAGGACGAACAUUCCCCCGCGCCAUGAACUCCGAUCUGACUAGAAUUGCCUCACUGGAGAAAGAUGUAAUUUUCUUACAACAACAACACAAAGAGACGCUGGAAAAACUACACAAUGAGAUCGAUGCACUAAAACGCGAAAAUAGGGAAUUACAGUAUCAAUUGAUCAUGGAAACUAAUCAGCUGUCCAAAGAGAGUCACACAGCUUCCUCUUUGCAAGCCGGCGGCAGUGGGAGUGAACUGGAGCCCUCCCAGUGUCCUGAUGGGUCCUCUCUGCUCCUCGCACCCCAUGGUUGGGACGGUGCUUCAAACAUUGUGGAUCACUCUGGCGCUCCGAGCCAGGAGCCAGAGGCCGUGGGAGGCCCCCUCAUCUCUCUGGAUCCUCUGCGGGUCCACAGCCACCCGUCGGAGUUGCCCCGCGCCCCCACCCUGCAGGAGUGUGAGCUCGUCAUCCGGCAGCUCUGCCGCGCCAACAAACUGCAGGCGCAGGAGCUGUUGCAGUUGAGGGCCGUCCUGAAGGACAUUGUCCUGAAUAAGAAGAAAGUGUCUGACGAAGCCUAUUCCCAAACUAAGGCCUUCCUCUCAGACUGCCCGAGGGAAGGAUAUGAGAGGUUACCAAAGAUUGCUCAAAGACCUGCAACAAAAAUACCGCCUCAGGCCCAGGCCAGUGAAGGGGAGAGGCUGGUCCUGCCCUCCAUCAGACACAGCUGCAACAGCCUGACUGAGAGACAGAAGAGAGCUCAAGCCAUCCACAAGACCCGCCUCCGCAAGACUGUCGACUCAUGAUCACACACAAUCAAAUACACACACACACACACACACACACACACACACACACACACACACACAC